GAAUGUGGAAAUCAAGGCUUUUGUUUGAAUACAGGACAAGGGAAGUAAAGUGAAAGUAUGAGAAGUGUGUUGACUUACUACUUCAUGUCACUAAUAAAGGUUUUUUUUCAUUCAAAGGCCACAAGGUAAACAAAGAGGAACUCAUGGCGCGUGGAGUGCACAGAAAAACAUGCAGCAAGAACACUUCAACAGUUCUGUGUUCUGCUUUCUUCUGUACAGUUUGUUCUUUUUGUGUUUGUUUGUGUGUGUGUGUGUUAAUGCAUAGUUUUUUUGUGAUCUAUAUCUCUCUUUUUCUAUCUCUCUCUCUCUGUGUGUGUGAUUCAGUUGUACCGGUGACAUAUGGUAGCAGAAAAAAAGUUUGCAUCUCAUUGCAUUCUUGACAAAAACACCACCUGAAACACACAGAGAGCUUCAGAAAAACUGAAUCUACUUUCAACAGAGAAGAUCAUUGAAUAAGAGAAAAAUGAAGAUCGUUAUUUUCACUCUGCUGAUGAUUCCUGGUGCCGUGACCUCAAUCAGUGUGACAGGAUAUUCAGGGGGUGUAGUCAACAUCACAUGCAGAUAUGAAAAUAAAUAUAGAGAAAAUGCAAAGUAUUUUUGUAAAAUGCAGAAGUUAAAGUGCUCUGAACUCAUCAGGACUGAGACUAAAGAUGAAUGGUUUCAUUCUGGGAGAUUCUCUCUGUAUGACAACAGAAGAGCAGAAGUUCUCAAUGUGUCCAUCAGAGAUCUCAGUCUGCUGGAUUCAGGAACAUACCGGUGUGUCUUUGGACAAUCAGGAAUAUAUUACUACACCGAAGUGAAGCUAACCAUUAUAUCAGGUUUGUCUCUGAUCAUUGGUCUGUCUGUGAUUCCGGUUCUGAUCAUCAUUGGAUUUGUGUUUGCGAUCGUGACUUUCUGCAAGAGGCGUCAGGCUCAGAGCUCUGAUUCAGCCUCUAAAAUUCCUGAACCUGGAACAGAAAACAGUGAAGCGGUUCAUCAAACGGGCUUCAUUUAUGAGGAAAUUGCAGACACCAGACCUCACACUUAUCCAGAUACAGGAACUAAAACAGUCUAUGCUACUCCACAAUUACCCACAAACCCCUCUGAUUCUAUUAAAACAGUCUAUGCUACUCCACCAUUACCCACAAACCCCUCUGAUUCUAUUAAAACAGUCUAUGCUACUCCACAAUUACCCACAAACCCCUCUGAUUCUACUAAAACAGUCUAUGCUACUCCACAAUUACCCACAAGCCCCUCUGUUUAGCUGCUCCAUCAUCAUCAUCUACUGAGGGUCUGAAUGACACAGACGGUCCUGAUGAUGUUCUUUCAAAAAUUAUCUGUAAUCACAUUAAUGUCUAUCAUUACAUGCAGUUAUGAGCCAGUGAUUACAGUAAAUACAUGUUAGUUAUUGACUGUUUCAGUUUGUUAUU